AUGCGCAACGACGCAAACCGGCAAAACCGAGGGUCGGCGGAGACCGACGCUGCGCAGUCCCAGUGCGACGACUCCGAGCGCCGGGUUAAGCAGGAGCAGCGUGCCCAGGGCCAGCAGAGCCUCGCCGAGUCCACCAUCGAAGACGAGUCAGCUAAUGAAGACGAGCAGCUUUCCCACCAGCGGCUGGAGCAGCAGCAGCCGCUCCCCACUGUCAAAGUCACCCCCGACCCGGCCGAGGAUAAUGCGCGAGAAGGCGACCGACUCAUUCCAGCCGCUGAGGAGGAUGCCACCUCAGCAGACGAAGACGCGAAGAGGAGAACGACCUGCGCGCAGAGAUUACGUCGCCACCGGGAAACGUCGCGACUGAAUCGUCCGAGCGCCUGGGGAAGAAAGUGCCUGGUUCUGGAUCUCGACGAGACCCUGGUGCAUAGCUCGUUCCGCGAGGUCGACAACCCCGACUAUGUUGUCCCUGUCGUCCUCGAGGGCCAGGAGCACAAUGUCUAUGUCGUGAAGCGCCCUGGUGUUGACGAGUUCAUGCGGAUUAUGGGCCAAUAUUACGAAAUUGUGGUGUUUACAGCCUCGCUCUCUAUGUACGCCGACCCUGUUCUCGACCUUCUGGACAAGAGCCAGGUUGUGCACCACCGCCUGUUCCGCGAGUCCUGCAACCUAUACAACGGCAACUAUGUCAAGGACCUCCAAGCUAUCAUUAUAGAUAACUCGCCGGCGUCAUAUGCCUUCCAUCCGAAUAACGCCAUUGGCAUCAGCACCUGGUUCAACGACCCCCACGACACUGAGCUGCUCGACCUCAUUCCAUUCCUGAUAGACCUGACCAAUGUGGAAGACGUGUCAGCUGUCCUGGGCAUCAACCACGACCAUGCCGCUCUUUCACUCUAG